AGGUUCCCGCCUCAGGGCCACAGCAUGAUAGCAGCCCCGGAGCACAAUGCAACCCUCAUAUGUUUGUUUCCACAAAGCCUUUUAGGAUUCCAAAGUAGAGCUGUGAGCCAUUGGUCCUGGCAAGUUUUUAAGCAAAGUGUGCCAGCUUGAGACCAGGCUCCUGCAGCACGGUGAGGCUUCCUCAUGGCGUGCUUCACUGGCUUGGCUGGGACAUGGACAGCCAAGCAGGAUUCGCCAUCAAGUUCGUUAUCGUUGCCCUUUGGGGCAUCGGUGAGUGGCUUUGAUGCCACAUGUGCUGUGGCACUUGUUUUGAUGGUUUUAUCGGCGGUUCGACAGAGCCGCGCUCGAAGAGCUCUGGGGCGAACUUUUUGUACUGCCCGUCGGGUCAUUUCGAUGACGCCACGUUUUUUGGGGCAUUUGGGGACUUUGGUGCAGCGAACGCCUAGAAUGCUGCGACCACAGUGCCACAGAGCAGCUUCCGUGCGGCGCGCUUGGUCUCGGGAAAGCUCGGGGUCUCUCGAAUUUGAGGUGGCUCUGGUUCCAUUUUCAAGAUCAGCUUCUGAACCUAGGGUCGAAAGUGAACCGCCAACUCUUCCUAUUCAGCGCCGUGCAGUCACUUGCUCCGCGAAGCUAUUAGCAUCAGUGAAACUCUCAAACUGUCCACCUCCUGACGAGGAAGAGCAACACGAUUUGCCUUCAUGCACAGACCCUGAAAGGGUGUCUUCGAGGAAACAGAUUGGAUCUCCGCUGUCACCUUUGUCGACCAAUCUCACAAAGCAGUUUUCCUCGAUUCCAUCUUUGGUUGAGCUUGGUGAGAUGUUUGACCACUUGGUGCAAAAGUGGGGCAUGGCAGAUGUGCGUUUCAUGCGGGAGGUGGUGCUUGAACUGAAUGGUACAUGCAACGUUCAAUUUCAAAGUGGUGACGGUGACCGACUCCAUUCGAUGCUGACCCAGAAUGGCGCUGUCGACAUUGAUCGCAGAAGGUUCCAGGAAGGAGUGCAUGCACUUCUGUGUGCUGCUCAGGCAGCGAAAAGCCAGGAUCUUUCUUUGACCCAACUCCGAUUGGUUCUGGCAACGGCUUUCGAGCGCUUUGACAUGGAUGGCAAUGGAGAGAUUUCCAGCGACGAGUUUCUGGCUGCCUUGCAAAGGUGUGACAUCCGCUUGCCAGAACCUGAAGCUUUGGUGCUUCUUCGCUUUUUCGGAAAAGAAACAGUGGUGAAGGAGAACUUAGCUCCCAGCCUAGGUGAACAAUGCGAGGCGGCUUUGACUGGAGCGCAGGAACGCAUGGCUCACACCACUGACUGGAGUGGGGUGGUCGAAAUGGUUGAGUGGGUGGCUUCCUGGGGGUCUGACAGUCCAGUGAGCCAGGCGAAGCUUCUGGCCUUUUUCAGAGAUCGAACGGAGGUGGUGGCGGACACCAGCGAAUUUGCAGCCACAUUGGGAGCCACUGUGCUGGUGCUGAACCAUCUUCAUGACAAUCCCCCGCAGCUGGAUACUGGGGAGUGGAUUCAACAGCUGCAAUUGGUUGCGAAUGAGUUCACAUCAGCUAUCAACUCAUUGCUGCAAUCAACACCUGCAGGUUCCACCUUGGCUUCUGCGCUUCUGGCAGCGCUCAAUGCUGUUCGGACCAACUCAGAAAUAGUGUCCUUGAACGAGAAUGAAGCGCUCCUUUAUGCUCGUGCAUUUCAUCAGAAAGGCUUUUCCAUGCGCCUCUUUCGCAAGCUCCUAGCAAGUGGUGGCUACCGAUGGGUCAAAGCAUCAAAAGGCGACAUGAUCCAUAGAGCCGAAGAUGGAGACGUCAAGAUCUUAGUACAAGGAACUGCGUCGAGGGUCGGCGACGAUUUGCCACAGGGAAACAUCAAAGGUGGGCAAAUGAUCUUGGAGGAGUCCAUUGACGUCAUUGCAUGCGAGGACGUGGUCUUUAUUGCCUGGGACAAGGCGCAGCUGUGUGACUAUAUUGCCAGCACUGACGAUCUCAAGCUCACAGCAAUGGUGUCAGAGAUCUUCCACAUGGACAUUGAAGGAGGAGUUCCGUUUUCGCCCUUGCAAGCUGCUCUGAAGCUUCAGGCUAAGAGGAAAGGCUUCACAAGUGCUGGGUCUUUGUCCGAGGGCUUCAAGCAGAUCAUUUGUAAAGAAGGAAUUUCCUUCGAUGAGAAGCUCGAACAAUGCAAGACGCUGCUCAUGGACUCCAGCAGCGAUUUGGUGGAGAGUUAUGAGGCUUUGGUCGAUCUGGCUGGCGCUUGCUCCGCGCUUUUGGCCUUGUCAAAUCAGUCAUCAGCAUCGCUGACAUCGCCUGAUGAGCUACUGCAGCUUUCACCGUUGCUGAUUCUGCUGGGCAUUGUUCUGGGACAGGUGAUGCGUCGAAAUCAUGCCUCCUUUGCUUCAAGCCCUUGAAAGAGGGUAGGAACCAGUGUUGCUGAGAAGUAGCAGGCAACAUAGAACAAGAGAAACCUGCCAUGACGAAAAUUAACCAAUAUGUAUAGCCUGUAUAGCAUGGUGCCAUUUGGUGCCACUGAAUAAAAGGUGUGUGCGACUGGCGAUUUUGGGCCUCCAAGCUAGUUAACCACUUUGGAGCUUUUAUGCAAUCCUGCGAAUUUGUCAUUUCACUCUGUUUUGAUCUGUUUUGCCCACCCUCCAGAAUUGAGACUCAAAGUUCGGCAGUUCGACAGUUUGGCUCGGGUGCACCCAUGAGAAGAC